ACUGUCUAUGUUUCCCCCCCCCCCAGCGUAAACCUCCUAUCCCGUUUGCAAAUGUUUUACGCAAUAAUAACUGAUUUACUGAAGAAAUACGGAAAGGAAGGACAUUUCGGAUUUAAAACAAACAUCGGGGUUCAUUCAGGUCUAUGAUUCUGAAAAAUACUGACAACUGAGGAUUCGUGCUUAAUGUGAACCUGAAUGAGAAGCGUCAGAUAAGUUUAACGUUAUAUUAAUGCAACAUUAUUUAUCGUUUGGUGAAGGAGAGCUAGCUGUCAGCAGACAGCUCUUAACCUAACGGUAAUAACAUUACUGUAUGCUAAUGCUAACCAAACAGAUCCUAGCAAACUAACUUGGGCUAGUCGGCUAGUGCCUUUACUAGCUUGAUGUGAAGUAAAUAUGACACCAAUGUCACGGAAACAGCGAGACGGUUGCAUUUGGUUUUGUGAAGAAAACCUUGCUAUGUGGAAAGAGCUGUUGUCUACUUUCUCGACAGGUAGGCUAACGGUAUGCAGGAGUGAAGCAGCAAUAAACCGUGCGACAUUGAAAGCUAGGGUAGUGUUAGCUAGUCAGUAGCUUCUGAAAUGAAUCAAAUUAUGAUUCGUGAGAUUAACGUUGGCACGUUUUCGUUCGUGCUGUUUAAGCACACCACAACAUCUUUGUGAUUUGCAUUUGUGUAAUGAACUGGUAAUAUUAGGUCUAGACACACAGAUAGACAUGUAAGUUAACGUCAGACAUUAGUUACUGAAACCUGGCUGACUUCUGUAUUAAUAGUUGGUUGCCAACGUGAAACGUUCAAGCGCAUUGAAAUGCUUUCCCUUUCAACCCUAAGUAACGUGUGGAAAACUGCAUGGAGUUUGGAGGAAUAAUGUAUUAAAAACACACAUAAUGUUUAACGUUACCUGGCUUUUUUGGUUUCUAAAACACUGGUGUUAUUUUUUGAUGGUAGCAUCAUACAUCAAACAUGAAUUGUUUGACGUUAGUGAAGGUGUUACUUUUUAACGUAAACUCAUGUUAGUUACAGAGCAGACAUUUGCUUCACAUAAUAGCCUAUCAGUACUGAUGUAGAGACAGUUAUGGAGGGAUGCCCUUAUGACAAGCAGAAUCAUGUUCAGUAAAGCCUCAAAUAAAGACAAGAAGUCCGGCUUCAGUAAGAAGCUUUUUCGAAGAGGCUCUUCUCGGACGGUUGGCAGUUUUAUGAGCAGGGUCUUGAAAACGCUUACAACUCUAUCUCAUUUUGGCUCAGAGUUACAAGUUACAGAUGGGGACAAAGAUGAUGGAGGAUUUACCUCCUUUAAUAUAGAGGAUAAAGGGUCAAGUUUGGACUACAGUGACAGUGGAAGUUAUCUUAGUCAGGACAAGGUUCCUGGAGUGUCAGGACUGAAGAACCAUGGAAACACCUGCUUUAUGAAUGCAAUUCUCCAGUGCUUAAGCAACACCGAACUCUUUGCUGAGUACUUGGCUUUGGAACAGUACAAAGGAGACGAGACCAAUGAGGACAAACCAAAGACUAAUGGGAUACAUUUGCAUGGGAAAACUCCUCAGGACAGAUGUGAGGUGACACAGCAGCUGUCUGGAUUAGUACGAGCUCUAUGGACAUUUGAAUAUACCCCACAGCACAGCCGGGCAUUCAAAAGUGCUGUCUCCAAGAAUGCCAUGCAAUACAGGGGCAACGCCCAGCACGAUGCCCAGGAGUUCCUUUUGUGGCUUCUUGACCGAGUACAUGAGGACCUCAACAACAUUGUUCAGUCCAGUGGGGGACCCUCUAUUAAGCCUCCUGUGGAAGAACAUGAUGACACUUCAGAAGGACCAUCUCCAUCGCUUUCAACUGGUUCUUUUGUUCAGGAACUUUUUCAGGCCCAAUAUAGGUCCUCACUCACCUGCCCUCACUGCCAGAAGCAGAGUAACACAUUUGAUCCUUUUAUGUGCAUCUCACUGCCAAUUCCUCUACCACACACAAGGCCCCUCUAUGUGACGGUGGUGUACCAGGGAAAGUACUCUCAUUGCAUGAGAAUUGGCGUAGCUGUUCCUCUCCACAGCACCGUCUCCAGACUGAGACAGGCGGUGUCACAAGAGACCAAGAUUCCCCAAGACCAGUUUGUUUUGACUGAAAUGUAUUACGAUGGUUUCCACCGCUCAUUUUGUGAUGACGAAGAUGAUCUUGACAUCAUUCAAGAAAGUGACUCAGUCUUCGCGUUUGAGACCCCUGAGGCGUUUCGAUUAGAAAACAUUCGCUCUAAACGAGGUAGCCUUUUGGCAAAUUUGAAUCAGAACAAUCUGACGUAUAACCCAGAGAACAUCAGGAGCCCAUCCUUUAUGCAAGGAGCGGCAAACCCUGCCUCACCUAACAAGAACACUGCUACUGACAAGAUGAUCCUGCUCAUCUGCAAUCGAGCCUGUACAGGCCACCAAGGAAGACGGUUUGGUCUUCCUUUUGUGCUGUACAUGGACCGCACUGUAACCUGGGAUGUCUUACAGAGGGAAAUCCUAGAAAAAAUGCGACACCUUCUCAGGCCAGGAGUGUACAUCCAGGUUGGACCCUUCAGCUUGCGAGUUGUAGGUGUGGUGGGCAUCACCUAUUUGUUACCGCAGGAGGAGCAGCCUUUGUGCCACCCGACUGUAGAGAGAGCAUACAAGUCAUGUGGUCAGGGUGGACCUCCACAUGUGAAGAUUGUGGUGGAGUGGGACAAGGAAACAAAGGACUAUUUGUUUGGACAUAUGGAGGAAGAGUAUAUUCCAGAUGCUGAGAGUGUGUACCUUCACAGAGAGCAACAUCACCACCCUCAGGCCUGCACCCUCGCUCAGUGUUUCCAGCUCUACACCAGAGAGGAACAGCUGGCUCCAGAUGAUGCCUGGCGCUGCCCACACUGCAAACAGCUGCAGCAAGGCCAGAUCAAGCUAAGUUUGUGGACUCUGCCUGAUGUCCUUAUCCUUCACCUAAAGAGAUUCAGACAGGAGGCAGACCGCAGAGUGAAAAUGCAGAAUAUGGUGAGGUUUCCUCUCCUUGGCAUGGACAUGGCACCCCAUAUGGUAAAGAGGAGUCAGAGCAGCUGGAGUCUUCCCUCCCACUGGUCACCAUGGAGACGGCCAUAUGGCCACAACCCAGAUGACUACUUAUAUGACCUCUAUGCUGUGUGCAACCACCAUGGCAAUAUGCAUGGGGGCCACUACACAGCAUACUGCAAAAACUCUAUUGAUGGUCAAUGGUACUGCUUUGAUGACACUGAGGUACAACCAAUUGCUGAUGAGGACGUCUGUCAACAAACAGCCUACAUUUUGUUUUACCAAAGAAGAACCAUCAUUCCAUCAUGGUCAGCCAACAGCUCUGUUGCAGGUUCAACAAGUUCAUCAUUAUGUGACCAUUGGGUAAACAGACUUCCAGGCAGUAGACCUCCGAGUCUGGCCUCAGGAGCCUCUUCUCGACGCACGUCCCUGGCAUCACUUGCUGAAUCAAUGGAGUUCCCUGGGGAUCGCAGUGAAGAUGACGGAGGCUUUUCAACUCGACCUUUCGUGAGGAGUAUUCAACGGCAGAGCUUAUCUUCGCGAUCCUCAAUGACGAGCCCUCUUGCCUUCAGUGAGAAUGGUAUGAAGACCUCCUGGUCUCUUUCAGCCAAACUACAAAUGAGGUCUAACUCUCCAUCACGCUUCUCCCUUGACUCUCGUGCUUCCCCUCCAUUGGAGAGAAUUGGGGAAGCUUGUGAUGACAAAGUGUCCACUUCUUGCUUCGGCAGCUACAGCCGUCAAGAUCGACAUGUCAACCACAAGGCACCUCUUGCUAGCGUGGAGGGCUACGGUAGUGAGGGAGGAAAUGGCAAAAGGACUCCAGAUGAUGUCUAUUGUAGAAGUUCCAAAAGUGAACAUGUUGACAACAAUAGUCAAGUCACUGUUCACGAUCAAGGCAAAAACGUAACCCCUGUUAAAGAACACAAACGUAAAGGAAGCUCUGGUGAAAAGCAUAAGUGUGCCAGUAAUGGAACCAAAAAGAAUUCUAAUAAGACUGAUUUGGAGAAGGCCUCUAAAAAACACCAUAGUUCAUCUUUAACAACAAAGUCCCUCUCUCAAGUGUCUUCCAGCUCUCCACUUAAGAGUGGCAAAGUCACCAAUACCAACAAAGAUUCUGGAAAGAUUGUGAAGGGGAUGUCCUCCCGGCGCCUUGAAUCUUCUUCUGACCAAAAGACAGCAGUUCAAGGGACUCAAUGUAAGGUGCAUCCUUCCUCCACACCACAGCCCUCUGUGUCUCAUACGGUAACUGUCAAGAAAAGCUCAUUUAUAUCUGAGAGGAUAUCUGUUAACAGCAGGAAGAAUCUUACUGAGAGGACUUUGAGCAGAGAUGCAACCCAGUUAAACCCUCCUGUAGAUAAACCUAGAGGCAGUGGGCGCAGCUUUCAGCCCCGGGGUGCCGAGAGGGAACGGGUGGAGCGGAAGCCAGUGAAGAGUUCCAGCAGCAGCUCCUCAGUUACUAGUCUGCGUUCUGCCAGUACUUCAUCCAGAGACGUGAACCACAGCAGCAAAUCAGAGGACAAGGGACUGUCAUUCCUGAAAAGUGCACUUCGCCAAAGAGAGAUACGAAGAUCUGCUGAUUUAGGCAAAACUACCUUGCUUACAAAGAAGACCUCUGAAAGGACAGCCAGGUCCAAUAUCCAAACUAAGGGAUGUAGUAUGGAUGCUGAUAAAGUAUCUUCAAGUCCUUCCCUAGUGACCUCUCUGGAAAGCAAUCCAAGUAAAAUUGCUACUAAACAGAGAGUCUCCUCCAAAAUCACCACCCCAGUUAAACACUCUCUUUUGCCAGUUAGUAAGUCAAUGUCUUCCACCACAGAGACCACUGAUCAGACUUAUAGUGGAAAAAAGCCUCUUGAAAGGAAGUAAUCCUCUAGAAAGCCUUGUUUCAGCAUGCAAUCCUCUGUACAGCGUUCACUUUAGACACCACAAUGAUGUUUUAAUGCCAGUUUUUUCUAAUGCAGCUAAUUUUGACGUGCCUGAGAUGUACUAAUUUGUGUUGAUACAUGUGUGUGUAUAUGUGGGUUUGUGAUAUUAUGUAGCAAGCACCUUUCCUACAGUACCAUGGAAACUGAUCAUUGCCUAUGAAAAGGUGUAAUGGGUUGAAAUUACAGCAAGCCUGUAUUGUAGUUCUACUUUCAGACCCUACUUUACGUAAUUACCCAAGGGGGCCAAAUCAACGUAAAAAAUUGGCAUGUGUAUGUUCUUAGUAAAUGUCCCCACAGAAAUCUUGCCUAGGAUGAACUUAAAGAUCCCUUUGUGCACAUCCUGCCGUGUGUGUCACAUUGUGUGUUUGAAGUUAAAUUAGAACAAAUUUGUAAAAAGAUAAAGAUAAAGCAAAGGGAAACUUAAUACAUUACAAUUUAGGACAAUGUAUUGAUACUGAGAUCUCAUAGUUCUCCAUUUUGCUAUUUGUUCUGUACACUGCAAAGUAAGAAUCAAUAAUCUAGUUGUGCUGACAUUUGUAAAUGUCAUAGUGGAGUCUGAAAUAAUUGAAGUAUUAAUUUGAUAUAGCUUUGGUGCUUGUAUUUCAAAAUGAGUACAUUCAAUUAUGCCAAUUACAUUGGGAACCCUUACAUUGCUGCAGAACACAUUUUAUAACCAUAAUAGGCGUACAAAUACAGUGCCCUCCAUAAUUAUUGACACCCCUGGUUAAGAUGUAUUCUUUAGCUUCUAAUAAAUUCAUUUUUUUUCCAAAUAAUAUAGGACCACAAUGAAAAAAAGCGUAAACUCCAACCUUUAAUACAAGUGCAUUUAUUUAGAAGGAAAAAAAUCCCACAUUAAGAAAUAAUUCUUUUACAUCGUUGUUGUUAAUGUUAAUGCUUUGUACAACCCCCCCCCUUUUGCUAAUAAAACAGCACCUAAUCUUGUCUUAUAAUGUUUCACAAGAUUAGAGAAAACAGAAAGACGGAUCUUCGACCAUUCCUCUUUGCACAAAAUCUCCAAAUCAUCCAACGACCUGGGUUCUCUCCUCUGCACUCUCCUCUUCAACUCAGGUCUGGGAACUGAGAUGGCCAUGGUAGGAGCUUGAUACGGUGUCUGGUGAACCAUUUCUGUGUAGACUUGGCCAUAUGUUUAGGGUCAUUAUCUUGCUGAAAGACCCAGUGACGACCCAUCUUCAGCUUUCGGGCAGAGGCCACCAGAUUUUGAUUUAAAAUGUCCUGGUAUUUCAAAGCAUUCAUGAUGCCAUGCACCCUAACAAGGUUCCCAGGCCCUUUGGAAGAGAAACAGGCCCACAGCAUUACCGAUCCUCCCCCAUACUUCACAGUGGGCAUGAGGUGCUGUUCUGCAUACUCAUCUUUUUGUUGCGCCAGACCCACUUAGAGUGUUUGUUGCCAAAAAGCUCUAACUUUGUCUCAUCUGACCAAAGCACACGGUCCCUGUUGAAGGCCCAGUACCGCUCCAGACGUUUGUGCUUAUGAUUUUGAGUGAGAAAGGUUUUUUUUUCCCUGCAUGCCUCCCAAACAACUUGUUGGCAUGUAGAUAGCACCUGAUGGUUGUUUUGGAGACUUUGUGACCCCAAGAUGCAACCAUUUGAUGCAAUUCUGUAACAGUGAGUUUUGGAGAUUUUUUUAUUUCUCUUACCAUCCUCCUCACUGUGCGUGGUGGCAAAAUAAAGUUGCGUCCUCUUCCAGGCUUGUUUACCACUGUUCCAGUUGUUUUAAACUUCUUAACGAUUCCUCUGACCAUAGAUAUGGGCAGGUGUGCGAGUGGCUAUUUUCUUAUAGCCAUUGCCUUACUUGUGAAGGUCGACACACUUCUGCCUUACUUGAACAGUGUGUUCCUUUGUCUUUCCCAUGUUGAAGAGAAAUGGCCUCUGUGUCACGUCAUAUUGAUAGCCCAGGGAAACAGGAUGUUAAGAAUUACUAAUUAAAUGUUCCUACAUACUCUGAUUGACUUUGUAAACUACUGUAGAAAUGACAGAAAUUACAGAAAUACUUUAAUUACAUUUAUUUCCUAGGAAUUGUUAGGGGUGCCAAUAAUUGUGGAACAGGUGAUUUUAUGAAGAAUAAUUAUUUUUCAGUCAGGGAUUUUUUUCCCACCUUAAAAUUCUCUUGAGUUGAAGGUUACAUUUUUAUACAAUUUUCAGUGUGAGCGUAUGCUUCUACAAUAAAAAAAAUAUUUAUUUUAAGGCUUUUAACGCAUCUUAACCAGGGGUGCCAAUAAUUGUGGAGGGCGCUGUACAUAUCAGAAUAUCUGACCAUUUAGCCAACAUGUACUUCACUGUUCAUCGCUGUUCCUCUUGACAUUGCAAAGUUGAAAGUGCAUUUAAAUACACCCCUUCCUUUAGUGCUGUCGUGUUGUUGAUUAGCUUCAAAUUCUGUUUUGCUUGGUCCAAGCUAGGUUGUUUACCAUUUACAGUGCCAGGACUUUUCUGAGCCAAGCACACUGGAUCGACAACUAAAAUAGCUUUGCUGAGCUAAAAGUCUAACAGAGGCAGAAAAUUACUCCGUGGGAUACCAAACAUAAAUGCAAUAAUUCUGCAUGAAUGUGUGUUAACCAUACUGUACAAGCAAGGAGAUAGCUACGCUGGUUUGGGAUUAGAGAGACUGACAAGAUAUUUAUGGUUAUGGUUAUGGUGUAGUUAUUUAGCAGACGUCUUUGUCCAAAGCGACAUACAAAUAAAUAACAAUACAAAUUAAAUUAACAGGGAACAAUUACAAAAAUAGGGAGAACAGUAAUAUUAUCAAUAAUUUUAAGCACUAACCUAAUGAGAAAUAAAACAAUGAAUAUGAGAAUAGCAAUAAAUAAGUCAUUCAAUCAAUCAUAUAAUAACAAUAACUGGUACGGCUAAAUUUAAGGAGAAUAGCAAAAAUAAAAUGUCAAAUGACAAACCAUAAGAAAACGCUCAAAAGACUAAGUGCAUAUUAAACAUAUAUGCCUUUAAGACCCCUUUUAAAAGAUCCGAAACUGUUGCUGGAACGGAGAGCACUGGGCAACUCAUUCCACCAACAUGGAACCACAUACAUUGAUUCAAUGAUUCAAUAUUGAGUGACCAUGGCUGAGGAUGGCAUUAAUUGCAGUUUCCUACAGUUAUUCAUUUUCAUUACUCAAAAUUUGUUUCUGACAAUUCCAGGACAGAUUAUUCAGACUAGUUUGCCCAUUAAAAUGUAUGUUAUGAAAACAAAAUGACACGUGAAAUAAUCCUAAAACAUUUCACAGUUUAUUACCACUGAGCUUACAGGUACUGGUAACAGUCCACUUUAAGCCAAUAAAAUAUAUUUUUAUUUAUUUUUGUCUGAAGAGACCUUUUCCAUGGUAGUAUAUGUAAUGAGUGUUGAGCCCAGUUAAUGAAUAGAGUGAUUAACUUUCACAUUGUGAAGUUGGCUCCAAAGGUUAUGUACUGUAUAUGGUAUUCAGUUGUAAAUGCAUACCUAUGGUCUUACUCAAAACUGCACUGAUUGAUGUUGUUUUACUCCCAAACAAAAAUAUAUACUUAUAAUUUUAAAAAAAUAGACCCUAGUUUGUUGUUAGACCGAAGUUUCCUUUUAGCACACAAGCCAAAUAGUAGGUAGCAUAAACUAAGCAAAAGCCAAGUUGAUCUCAGUACAGUUUGUUUAUUCUUACAAUAUGCUAGUUCUUAUCUCCAAUAAUGAGUCUGUGUUUAGCCACAGUUUGUCUGUAAGCAUGAUUUUGCAAGAGCUACUACCAGCCUCUAUGAAACUUGGUGGAAAGUUGUUACCUUGGACGCGGAUCCGACUCACCCAUACUCAAACUAGUUGUGACUUUUUGGCUAAAUGGGCUUAUUUUUAUCACCUUUUUGUAAGGUAGGUCAGCCUGGUGCUCAAGUUUAACAUCUUGACCUGAUAGACACAGUGGCACAGAUUUUCCUCUACUGAGCUGACGUCGAUGGGUUUUACAGGCCAAUUAAGAAAAUGUGUUUUCACAUAGAUAUAUCAAGUACACCAGAAUUUCCAUGACCGCUUCAAACAACUUUAUGUAUUCCUUUGCAACGGAUAAGCAGAACUCAUACAGUAUUCCUGUACUGAUAGAAGCGUGUGGUGUCCUGUCACUGGAAAGCUUGAGCAGCACUUGAGCUUGCAACCAAUUUCAAGCUCAGAAAGUGGUUGCAAAAGAAUCAAAGCCUGAAUUGUGAACAUGAAAAUGGUAUUCUGUGAUGAGGUUAGCAUCCCAUAGAAUCACUUCAGUGCACACCCAAAAUAUGGCCUCUGAAAAGGUCUCAUUGGGUUGGUCAUUGUGACAAGAAAUGGGGAAAAUGCGUAAAUACAUACACAUAGUACAUACACUGAAUAUUAGUUUCAUAAUUAUGGCCCAAUCAUAUUUUUUCCCUUUACCCUACCACUUCAACUAAAAUUCCUCUGUUUUACGUGAACAAUUUUAGGGAUAGAGGUGUCCCAAUGCAUUUUGGACAGAGGAGUAGUGUUUAGGGCAGUAUGCCCCUUCAAAUUGAGGCCACAAGACCACACAUACUGUAAGGUGGUAGGUAUAUCCCUGAAUGCUUUGCGCACACAUUGGAGCGUAUGAAUGUUAUUAUAACUUCACAUUAAUCAUGAAAAAAUGUCAAUCUGUGGGAAUGUAUUAGUCUAAUAUAGAUGCAAUGGAAUAUGCAUGUGUAUCGUUCUUACAUGCAUUUCAGAAAAUCACUAUUUACGAUGCAAUAAAAAAAAAUUGUG